UGGAAGCUGUGUGCAAUUACUUUCUCUUUUGGACUACAAGUGUCUACCUGCUCCUUCUCCCUGCCUUCUUCCUGAGCUUUGGGCUGCUGAGUGACACAGGGAGAGUGUGUGUCUGCAGGAGCUGCCCUACACUUCAUUGUGGAUAGGUGGAUGCAGGGACACUGGGUGCCUUGUAGAGAAGGUCACAGGAAAGGAAAAACUGUGAAAUCCAAGAGGAAGGAGCAUGCAUGCCAAGCAGCACUGAAGCUACAGGAACAACUGUGCAUUAGUGACAAACCUACAUAGGUUUGUUUUUAAGUCAUCGUUUCCUUAGGAGAACUGCUGGUUACGUUUCAAUUCAUCCGCCCUACAUCCAAAAACAAAUAUUAAAUUUGGAAACUGCUUUAUGAAAUUGUUAUCAAUAUCCUUUUUAGUAGAAAAAAAAUGAAGUAACCCAGAAACAUACAUAUAUAUAUGAACCAAAAAUUUAUCAGUGAGGUGUCUAAAGAAAUAUUAUUAUUCCUGCUUAUAUAGGUGACAUAUUUAACCUUUUGCAAUUAAGUUUGCAGACCAUGUGAGACAAUUCCUUUAGGACUCUCCUUUGAAAAAUCUUUUAAUCAAAGAAAGGCAUUUGUUAGGAAGAAGCCAUGAUGAUAAAGUCCAGUACAGUCUCACAAAGUACAUUAGGUGGGCCCAUAGUUGCUCAUGGUCUUCCCUGUGGAUUCAUGGAUCAGAAUGCAGUUGGGUAUGAAUCCUGGACUACUACCUCGGAUGAGGCCCCAGAGGUGGAAAAUAAUACCGAUGAAGAACCAACAGAGAAGAACCAGCUCACAGAGGUUACAAAAGCUGUUUGGGCAGUAGUUGAAGAAGAACCAGAUGAGCCUUUAAAUGGGUUCAUGAAUGAAGGAAAUAUUGAAAAUGAAGUAGAAACCAAACCAGUUGAGGUGCCAGUUAAAGUGGAUCCUGUCCCUAUCAAGACAGAAGAAAAUGACCUUCAAUGGAAAAUUGUGCCAAACACCAAGGUGGUGUCCUCCAUACAACAGCCAAGGAAGAAGUAUAUUCCAAGGAGCUUCAGUCUUACCGAGAAAGAAUUGAGGGAAGCACAAUUGCUUAGUGAUAACAAUGCUUCCCAGUUAAGCCCUUCGGGAAGUUGUUCGAGAGGAGCUCAGCUGUUUCACCGACGUCGUCAAAAGCUAAAAGCUCUUGAGGAAAAGAAACUUGCACAACAAUCUGGAGCACAAAGGCCAAGCCAGGCCCAACAUGGUGUAAAACUUUCAGAUCUUGCCUCUAGGAAACCCUUACAUUUCUUAAGUAUGGAAGAGACAGGAACCAACCAUGGAAGCACAGGUGAAACUGACGAUGUCUGGGAAGAUGAGAACAAAGAUACUGAUUUCCCUUCUGUAGAUAAACGAGCACCUUCACCAAGUGCUUCAGAGGAAGAUCAUCAAGGACCUCUUAGUGCAUAUCUUAAGGAAUCUUUAAUUGUGUCAACCUCUAACAGUAAUGGUUUAGUUAUUCAAACUAACCAAGAAACAGAACCACCUGUUAAGAAAGGGCAAAAUGGCUCACCAAACACACAAUACUGUGAAGUACAUCUUACUUUAUCAAAACCAAAAUCUAUAAGCAACAGAACAGCUAAACCUUUUGGAGGUCACUCAUCUGCCAAGAUAAGCAUGUGUUCUUCAGAAAAAAGUCCUUCUAUUGACCUCCCUCCACCACCUACUUAUGCAGAAACUUUAUCAAGUCCUCCUCCAGUCACACGUAUUCGAUCUCCUCCUGCUUACUCAGCUUUAUAUCCCAUAGAACCAGCACAUGUUACCCCUGUGCAACAAGUGAUCAACCACAGAGAAACAAAACAUACACCAGAGCAAAAGACUGGUAUUCUAGAAGCAAUAUCAGCACGUAAGGGAUCUAAGAAAUCAAUGUUCACAUUUAUUGAGAAGCCAAAGAUGGCACCUAAUCCAGAACUUCUAUCAAUGGUGCAAAAUGCAGAUGAAAGACGAAAACAUAAGGUGCAUGGAGAUGUAUCAACUGAAGACGAGCCAUUUGCUCUUGGAGCAGAAGCAUCAAAUUUUCUGAAUAAAUCACCUAAUGCAGCAAACAAUUCUGAUCAAGCUAAUAAAAUGCCCGAUUGGUCAUCCAGUCUAAAGUCCCCUGGAAUAAGUCAAAAGCCCCCACCUAUGCCCAUUCAAGUCCUUUCAGAUGAUAAAGGGAAAGGUGCAGAACUGUUUGCAAGGAGACAGUCCAGAAUGGAACGUUUUGUGGUAGAGAGCCCAAAACCAUUAGACUCCAUCCGAUCUCCUUCUCCUACAAUGUCUCUGCCACCAUCUUGGAAGUUUUCCUCCAAAACACCACCUCCUCCAUUUAGUCAACAACCCAAUAAUAACCAAAUAUCACCUAAGCUUCCUGCCUCUACACCUGUAAAUAAUACUGCCUCAGAGAUUGUGCAAUCGCAAAAGGAACUUGAAAUAUCUAAACGCCAGCCAUACCAACUUCAGUCUUCUUUGUUCAUCCUCUCACCAGCUAAAGAUCCUUUGAGCACACUUCCCAAAGCUGCACCUCCACCCAAACCCAUGGUGCUUGAAUCACAUCGGUUUACCAGCCAAACAUCAUGCCCAACCUCCCCUAUAGUUCCUUCUCCUACUAUGUAUUCUCCAUCUUAUUUCCAGUCUAUCCGAUCACCUUCUUCUAUCAAUAUGUCACCAUCUCCAGUGUCUGAUACUCCUCCCAGCUUUGGAAGAAGGACACCAACCAGUCAUGUCUCUCCAUUAUCUCCGGUUCCAUUUUCGAAUACAAUGGGUUCAUCACCUCGAAACAAGAUUGUAGUACAAGCUCCUCGUCCAACAUUUUCUGCCAAAAAUGCAGGCUUGGAUUCACAGAAACCAAGAGAAUUUAUGGCUAAAUCCUCAUACCACGGAACACUUCAACAUGGAGGGUCGCAAGAUGGGUGGGCUAGCUCCCCAGCAUCCUUACAGGGUUAUGAUGAAAGUUUGGUGAUUCGAAGUCCUCCACCAAUACGUUCAAUGUCUCCAGCUUGGAGUGAUCGGUCCCAGUCGCCAUCACCUCUAAGAAUGGAGACUGACCUCAAGGCCGGAAAGCAAAUGAAAGCUUUACUUGCUCGUAAUAUCAUCAAUGCAGCAAAGCGUAAGGGCAGUUCACCAUGGGGUGUUACAGGUCUUCAGUCUCCUGUUCAUAUUGGUACACCUUGGAGCCCCACUGUAGGCAAUGGAUCUUCUCUGCCAGAAACACCAAGAGCCAGAAGAUCUCCCACAGGGUCUGAUAUAUCCAUAGAGUCAGAAGAUUCUGGGGCCAAAUCGCCAGGAUUCCGGAGCUAUCCAUUCUCACCUAGAGGAUGGUAUGGGAGCUUGCGGCAGAAGAGAGAUAGUCUGCCUUCCAGCUCUCCUUUUCCAUAUACCCCAUAGACAAUUCUGUCCAUGAACUAGUCUGGAAUAGACCAGCUCAGCCUACAGAGCACAGAAUGUCUAACUUGCCCACACUGCCACAUACAAAUAAAAAAAAUGAACAAGUAAACAUUCAGAUCAGACCUUACAGAGAGUAAAGCUCAGCAAAAAACACUAAACCAAAUAUCAUUGCCAAUGUACAAUGAUUGUCCUUGUAAAGAAUGUGCAGAUUGUGGACCAUUCAAAAGAUUUUUUGAAAACUGUAAUUUUUUUUCAUGAUUUUUCUUUAAAUUAGCUUUGAGCUUAUUUCUCUUGAAGAUCGUUCUUUUUUUAAUGAUCCGGCGGUUGUGUUUAUGGGCAGUCGUAUAUACAAGAAAAUAAAUUGGUGAAUGAUCGUUUGAGGUAUAAGCAUCAGGCUUGGAAGAUAAGUAAUAUUUCUGAGGUUUUUUUUUGUUGAUAGAUACUUCUUAAGAUUACCCAAAAUUAACCUUAUAAUGCCUCUAUUCUCCAAAGAUUGCCUGGGAUACCUAUCAGAUCUUUUGGAGCCACUUUGUCUUCUCUCCAAAGAAUGAAAUUAUCCCUAUGGGGAGGUGUGAUUUGCGGUUUACGGUUUAUUUGAGGUGGGGAACUGACUUGAGAAUCAGGACUUGACAGUUGGCUUUGCACUGAUAAAAACCUCUCAGUAUUCUAUGCAUAGGCUCUCACUGCACAUUUAUCAAUGCACUACAAUGGCUGAUAACUUUCCACUGCCAGAAGAGUAUACUAGGCUUCAGUAAAUGGAAAAGGAAAGAGACUACAUAAAUCUCAGUGCGUAUGUAAAGUAAGAAGACAUGCCAAGGCAGAAAAUAGUUGGAUUUAUGAAUGUGAUGGUACUGAAUUCAAGGAUGUGUAAUUAUACUUGGCCAGCUAUAGGGGCUAAUGUCAUCUACAUGGCUAUGCUAUGUAUGACCAGGAGUUCCCACAGCUGCUCAUAAUCGUAUCAUUGUAUCACAAGGGCUGUGGUACAGUAUGGCUGGAACAAUACCUGGAUGGUCUAUUUCUGGCGAGAUUGGUGCUUGCAGAGAGAUAUACCUGUUGUAGCCAUAAAGAACAGUGACAUAAAAAUUUGGUGGUAAAAAGCCAUAUAGACCAUAUUGACCAGUGGUGGGUGACACCUAUUAAAAGUAAAGUGCUGAAUGUAUUCCUGUGGGAAUUCUUCAGAAUCAACUCAUGCUAUGGUUACAACAAUAUGGCAAAUACUAAUACAUGGUAACAAGAUAUAAUACAUGGUAACUGCCUUGCCCGAAGAAAGUGGAAUUUGGGAAAAGCUGAAGCUAAGUGGAUUGCUUAAAUGACCACAAAUGUAGAAUGAAAUAAAUGAAAGUUACAAUUGUAAGUGCAAAAGCCCCCCAAAAAGGCACAGGAUCUUGUAUGCAUCUUCAGUGUAUCUACAAGUUCCUAUAUUCUGUGGAUCUCCAGUUCAGGAUUGGCCCCAUGACACAUAAUUAGAAUUAAGAGACUGAUUUAAUUUUUAUAAUAUCCAGAAACUUUGUAUACUUUUAUAUAAUUGUGAACGCUACCAUUAAUUAUAUACACAUUUAUGGCAACUUGCACUUUAGUUCUGGUCCUUUACCUUCCUCAACAGAAUAGUGGAAAUACCUAUGAGAAAGACAUGCAGGUUUAUAAACCAAUGCACUGAGAAGCAGUUUGAUGCACUGCACCAUUACGGACCAUGCUGUAUCAUUAGGAAUGGACUUAUUAUUCAACGUCAUUGUACAGAUGCAGGUACAGGCCACCAGCACGUAGAAAACAGAAUGCUGCUCAACAUCAGUUUUAACCUAGGGUUUAGAUGACGGAAUAAAGAAGGUUCAGACUGGUGGAGGCAGGGAUCAGGUAAGUAUGAUUGCCUCCGAAGGACCGGCCUCUCUGGGGCAUCUGCCCACAAGGUUCCCGAGGUGAACAUCCCCUUUAAUUUAUCCAUGCCAGCUUUUCGAUAGCAAAGUUAACAGUAUAAUGGUAGGUUACCAAACUGUCAAUGUUUCCCUAUAGGGUAAAAAGUUGUAAUAAUUGUCAUGUGACUUUGUCUCCCAUAGGGUUGUGUGAACAAUGGUUACCAUGAUGCACUAGACUUGAAGUGGACAUCAGCCUUUUAUUAUUAUUAUUUCUCAGUCCUAAAUACUCUGCUGAUAUUUCAAUAUUUAUUUGUGGUGACAUCAAUUUAAAAUAUCAAAUUCUGACUACCUCUGGCCACCACUAGAGGGAGCUUACAGUCUGUGUCCUAUUGUAUUCAAGUCACCAGAAAAUUCACAGUUAAAACAGGCACAAUAUCUGGUAGGGCUAGCUGAAUGUAAUGAUACCUUUCACUUAGAGAUCUAUUUCUUCUCCCGCUUCCUCUGCCAGACCCCCCCCCCCCCCCUUUUCCUUCUUGAUGGACAGGGCCAGGUGAGAAAACUAUCCACAGGUUUUGAAACCCUGUCUCAGUAAAAAAAAAAAAAAAACUGAGGUCCAACCACAAAAAAGAUUAUCCUUACUCACUAAUACACAAUUUGUUAAUUUGGCCCCAAAGUGCUGGAGCUGCAGAGAGAGUUGUUUGACUGCGGUUAGCAGAAGUAAGUUGCCAUUUGCAAUGUGCUAAUGUAUGUAUAAUAUGGGAAGUAAAAUGUGCCAAUGUGCCUUGUCCAAUGAGGGGUGUAGCUUAGUGGGAAAGAUUGUGGCAUACAGUGAAAGGGAAAGGUCUUAAAAUGUGUCAGUACAUCUUGGCGCAAAGUAAGCCAACCAAUAGAUGGGAUGAAGUUAGAGGAUAGUGUCUAUGAAUGCACCACAUUUAUUAUACAGCCUGGGCCACUGUGAUAAAUUCGGUACAUCUUUAGACUAUCUAAGUUGACACUUUCUAUUAGACAAGAUUAUUAAGUCUGCCCCAAUUUGUACAGACCACUACUAGGAGUCUAAGACUAUGGGAUACUAGAUCUUUGGAGAGUCCUAGUGGUUUGAAGUGGUUAGUCCGUUUGUACAGAGUAUAUUAUAUAUAUAUAGAGAGAGAGAGAGAGAGAGAGAACCUCUUUGAGAUACCACCCAAAAAAUGAUCUUCUACAGGGGUGGUCUUCUGAAGAGGGUGAAUAUACAUAAGGAUUGGAAAGUCUAUCACAGAAAAUCAUGUUGUAGGCCAGAGGUGUCAUUUGGGGAGGUUAAACCAGAUGUAAAAAUGAGGUGGGACUAUAUAAAAUGAGGAUAGCACUGUAUCAAGUUCCCCGUCAUCUCCAGCACACAACCACUGCUGGUGAUCUCGGUGCUCAGUGCUUUUUCUCUAUUCCCUGAUCAUUGUAGCUAUUGGCUAUUAGAUCGCUUACAGGUGCCAAAGUUUGGUCGAGAUGAAAUUUCUUCAUUCUAUUCUUAGUCCUGUAACCUUUAAAGGGCGAGCAAAGAAUCUGAGGCACUUGUAUCACAUAUAUUAGGCCAACAUGCAUUACGGAUGUCUAGGUAAACAACUACAUGAGGGUCAAUGAUACAUUAACAGUCCAAAAAAGAAAACUGUCCCAAUGUGUGUGGACACAUCAUAAUUCUCCACGAUUGCUGUCGAGGUGGAGGCUACAGCUCUAUUGGUGUAAAUUAAAAAUGAUGAGGCUUGUAACGCAAGGGCAACUGGUGUUGAGGAAGCCAAACUAUAUACAGCUCAUUAUUAUUCACUGAAAUCUAGCAACAACUCUGAGGGACAACAGAUCUCAUUGGAUUCUUCUGUUUCUAUUCUCCAUGCAUUGUGAAAGUAGCAAAGUAAAAACACAAGGCAAACGCAGUAUGACCCCUGACAAAUUGUUCAGGCCGAUAGAGCAAAACCCAUAAUCAAAAAUGAUAUCAUUCAGGUUGUACAAAUAAACAAACUAUGGCGCCCUCUGCUGGGGAAAAGGGAUAAUUUUUGGGGGAUGUGACACAAAAACAUUUUUCUGCACUGAUAGAUGUAUUCAUAUGCCUGUAUUACAGCUCCAUGUGAAAAGCAAUUAUUUAGUGUUUCUAUACAAGAAAAAAAAAACAUUUUGAAAGGUCUUUCUACAGUCAUGCAAUAGAGCAGCUUACAUGUCACCACUAUAGGUCCUUUCAGUGCCUACAGAUAGUAUGAGGACAGUCUGAACAGAUAGCAUCAUGGAUUAUACCGUACAUUUUGGAUUUCAACAUGCAAAGUUCUUAGUUCCCCUGGGAGGUAAGUGGUGCCCGCUGUGCCUGGCUGCCGCUUAUCUCUCUGGCUUUCCAAUGAAAUCUUAGACGUAACAUUUGAAUCAAAUUCUAAAGCAGGGUAGGAUUUUGCAGUUUAUUUUUAUGUGUUGUCAGCAUCUUAAAGGGCUUUUCCCUCAAGUCAAAUGUAUCACCUUAUCUGGGACCCCAACUGAUCACAUGAAUGGGGAUCCUGUGCCCCUCCUGUAUGAAUGGGGCAGCACAUCAAGCAUGCACACUGACGUAUCUUUCACUUUUUAUGGGGUGGCUGGAAAUAGCUGAGCGCUGUACUCAGCUAUCUCCAGCAGUUCUAUAGAGAGUGAGGACCCCCAUUUCCAUGCAGUCGGACCCUCACCAGAUACUUAUGUCUUAUUCUGUAGAUAGGGGAUAAGUGUGUAUUAAAAUGAUGUUGAGCACCAUUUAAAACACAUCCCUAUUAUAUUACAUGAUCAGGGGACACACACAAGUUACAUGCAUUAAUGGACUGGAUGGAACUACAUUGCCUUCUGGGCCUAGUCUUGUGUCUUCUUCUUGGCAAAGUGCCUGUAUCUUAAGGGACCACCUGUUAUAUGUCCCUAGAUGCGAUGUAUGUGCUUGCAUCAUUGUGUUUACCUUGUAUAGCCAGCUUCUGAAUAAACCACAUUAUUUCAUGC